AUGACUACGGAAUGGGAUGAGAUCAAAAGUGCAUUUUCCGAUGGCACUAACACUGGAUUUCAAACUGAUGUGGUGCUCCGGGCCCGCAAGUUCGAUGGAGAAAAGAUCUAUGAGUGUGGCUUCCUUCCAGAUGAUAUGGUGGAAUCUUUGCGAACAGCCUUGCUGGCGACCGGCAUUACCAACGAAUCGGACGUCGUCCACGGUCUCGACAAAGCUGUCACAGUAAUCCAUGGUUCAAGGCCGACGAUGUAA